ACCAAGCACAACGACUACGGUUUGCUGCGUCUCUGCACUUGCUUAGGUGACUCACUCACUGCCGACCAUGGACAACUCUUCAGAUGCUCACAGCCGUCACAGGUGCGCGGCGUGCUACCGGCAGUUCAACCGGAUGGAGCACCUUGUGGAGCACAUGCGGUCGUCGCACCACUCCCACCACGAGCCCCGCUGUGGCGUCUGCGGCAAGCACUGCCGCUCCCUCGACGCCCUCCGCGACCACCUCGGCUUCGGCGCCUCCCUGCCCUCCAAGCCCGCCUGCGCCACAGCCUUCGCCGCCCACGGCUGCCCGCUCUGCCUCGCCGUCUUCCCCACCGCCAGCGCCCUCCGUGCCCACUGUCGCGCAUGCAAGCUCUCCCGCGCUCCGAUCCCCUCUUCUGUCCAGAGCCUCACGAGGACUAUGUCGAGGAUGGGCGUUCGAGGCGGCGGUGGCGCGGUGGCGCUAGGGUGCAAGAUGGUCGGCGGCGGGAGCGACGGCACGCUCGACGUGUGCGCGCGCGUCUGCGUCGUCGACGAGCACGAGGCCAUCCUCUACGAGAGCUUCGUGAAGCCGCUCAUCCCGGUGACACACUACCGGUACGAGACCACGGGGAUCCGGCCCGAGCACCUCCGCGACGCGCCCACGGUGAAGCAGGCGAUGAGGCGGGUGCAGGACAUCCUCCUCAACGGCGAGCAGUCCUACUCCUACUCCUCACGCGGCGCCGCCCGGCUCCUCGUCGGCCACGGCCUGGAGCACGACCUCGACGCGCUCGGCAUGGACUACCCGGCGCAGCUGAAGCGGGACACGGCCACGUACCCACCGCUGAUGAAGACCAGCGCCAGGCUCAUGAGCAACUCGCUCCGGUAUCUCACGCGGAGCUGCCUGGGGUAUGACAUACAGACCGGCGGCCACCAUCACCCCUACGAUGACUGCGUGGCCGCCAUGCGCCUGUACAAGAGGAUGCGCGCCAUGAGCCACCUGCACCUGCACGGCCGGCCCAGGGACGACGAUGAUGAGUCCAUGGCCAAGGCCUUCCCGGCAUGGAGGCAGCGGGAGCUGGAGCGCAUGUCGCCGGAGGAGCUCCUCCGCAUGUCCAAGCCCGACUACCAUUGUUGGUGCCUUGACGAGGACCGGCGAUAGAUGCUGACGGCAGCCUGCUCCCUACGGAAUUCGAAUCUUGGUUGGCGCUUUUACUUGGUGGUGGUGAUGAAAAGAUAAAAGAGUGAAAAUAGAAUGCCCCGUGCGUGCGUCGGAUGGAUAGCUGCCGUACCUUACGAUCGACGUGGUGGUCGAAUAAAUCACAGCUUUGUUUUGUUGGAAGUAAGUUACCUGAAUUUCAAAUGUGGGUCAUUCAAUUUUUUUGGGGAACAAAGAUGGAGGCGUGAUGGGGGGCACCGAGGCUGCCAACGGCGACGCCGAGGCGAGGGAAGCGAGGCAUGGGGAGGCCUCGGCUAGGAAUAAGCCGCAGGCGGCUGAGGCGAGUUAGAAG